GUUUAAACAUAAAAAAAAAUGGCUUUUCGUUUGAGCUUCUCACUGCUUUCACUAAUCCUUCUCUGCCUAGCAAAUACAUCAGAGUCUUUUCGAGAACCAAAGGUUCAAGCGUUUCUGCACCCUAUUUACAAAGACAAGGCCACAAAGCUCUACUCCUUGCCUUUGGCCGUCGGCACGGCUUUCAGCCGGGACUUCGUCAUUGACUUCAACGGAGCCGCGCCGUUACUUCUAAACUGCGCCACCGCCGUCAAAUCUACCUCCUACCACUCCAUCAGAUGCGACUCCACAAGAUGCAAAUUCGCAAACCCUAACACUUCAUGUCCCAAGAACAUUACCAACAAUAAGCCCACCUGUCGUAAAUACGUUUCAACAUCGUUGUCGGCUCGACCAGUCAAUGCCAGGCUCCUCCGAGACACCCAGGGGCGGACGUACGAUUUAUCUUACACCCCUGAGGGAGUAUUCGUCAUGGACACCGGAAAGAUCUCGACGUUGACGUUGACUUGCACAGACGAUGCUACUGCCUUGAAACCUAUCCCUAAGGCUUUCGGUGGAUACAUUGGUUUCGGUAACAACCACUUAUCGAUUCCCUCGCAGCUCGUCCCAAUGUACAAGCUCCCUCCAAAGAUGUCGCUUUGCUUGCCUUCCACGGAAGGGAUGGAGUCUUAUCCUGGUGGCCUUUGGAUCGGUGGAGGUCCUUUUUACUAUCUCCCUUACCUUAAAGAUGUCUCUAAGAUCUUUGCAUCCACUCCUCUGAUCGGUAAUAACAAAGGUGAGUACUUAAUCGAUGUGAAGUCCAUUGAAAUUGGUGGUAAGACUAUUCCUAUUCUCCAUGGACCAACAAAGAUAUGCACUCUGGCUCCUUACACGGUAUUGCAAAGCUCCGUUUACAAGGCUCUGGUCACAGCCUUUGUUGGAAGUGUCAAGAUGGAUAAAGCUCCAACGGCGAAGCCUUUCAGUGCGUGCUUCCACUCAGAUGGAGGGCGUGGAGUUCCAGUGAUCGACCUGGUGAUGAGUGGAGGGGCUAAAUGGAUGAUCCACGGUUCGAAUUCUCUGGUGAAGGUUAGUAAAGAUGUGGUUUGUUUAGGGUUUGUGGACGGAGGUGUGAACCCGAAGAACCCGAUUUUGAUCGGAGGUUUUCAGAUGGAGGAUAAUUUGGUGCAGUUUGAUCUCAAAGCUUCCAAGUUUUCUUUCUCCUCUUCUCUUUUGCUUCAUAACACUUCUUGCUCAAUUGCUAGGUUAUUUGGUAUGUAA